AUGGAGAAAUCACCACGUCCGCCUCGCCCUCGCUAUGCGCGAUGGGGGCUACCACUAGCAGCCGUGUUGACCUUCCUGGUAUGGCCAGUCCCUUGGCCCUCGCGGACUUGGAUCUCGCCGGAGGUCCCUGUCCCACUGACCUGGGAUGAGAUCACACCCGCCUCCUCGCUCGAGUAUCACAACUGCGGGGGUGAUUUUCAGUGUGCGAGGCUGGAAGUGCCCAUGGAUUAUAACCGGACGGAUGGGAAGGGGCGGAUCUUCGCCUUGGCUGUUGUGCGGUUGCCGGCCAAGGUGCCUGUCACGGAUCCCCGGUAUGGGGGCGCGAUCUUGAUUAAUCCCGGUGGUCCUGGGGGCCCGGGGACAAUGCAGGCAUUUGUGUCGGGUCCCGAUCUCCAGGUGAUUGUCGAUGCAGAGGGUGAGCCAAGUGAUACGGGAGACAGCAAUGUCGAGAAAUAUUUUGAUAUCAUCGGGUUUGACCCUCGGGGCGCGGGAUCUACAACACCCCCUGUGAUGUGUUUCCCUGAUCCGGUCUCGCAGCGGAAUUGGGAACUGCAAGUUGCUACCGAAGGCAUGCUCGGCAGUGGCUGGAACGCGCUACAGAGGAACUGGCAGCGGACCGAAGCGCUGAACUCGGGUUGCUCGGUAUACGACAUGUCCAGCUUGGGAACAGACGAGCCAAUGAUGUCAUUUGUAAACACGCGACUGGUCGCGGAGGAUAUGCUGGUGAUCAUUGAGCGACAUGGCGAAUGGCGCGAAAAGCAAGGACAAGAGGCUCAAAAGGGAAACAAGUGUCACGGGUCGGACGAAGCCCUGGCGGUUUUAGAGCGCACUCGAUGGCGCCGGGGGGAAGAACCGCUGCUAUACUGGGGGAGGUCGUAUGGCACUCUCCUGGGUACUACAUUUGCCUCUCUAUUUCCAGAUCGAGUCCAUCGAGCUGUUCUCGACGGCGUAGUGGAUAUGGUCCGAUACUACCAGGGCAAAGGGAAAAAUGCCAUCACCGAUGCAGAUGCGAUAUUUGAGCGAUUUGGUCAGUACUGCCACGAAGCAGGCCUGGCUGGCUGUCCCUUCUACAUUGAUGGCGGUGCAGACGCCAUCAAACAAGCAUUCUUACGCCUCGAAAACCAAAUCCUCAAUGCUUCAAUACCUGUGAUGGCCUCUGCGACACGGGGGCCCGAGGUUGUGAGUUGGACCGAUAUCAAGGCGAUGCAGCGCGUCGCAGUGUACCAGCCACUACUUGCAUUCCCUAUUCUGGCAAGGAGGAUGAGCGAGCUUUCCAAGGGCAAUGCAGUCCCAGCAGCAGACUUCAAGCAUGGAGGUCACUUUGGUGCCUGUCCCUCUAAUGCUUGUAGUCGUGCGGGGCCUUGGUCUGCCGAGUGCGCUCGUGCGCAGGAUAAUGGACUCUAUGCAAUGUCUGCUAUUCUUUGCUCGGAUGCUGAGUUCUUAACUACUAUGAGCAUGGAAGAGUUCACACGCAUGUGGACUGAGCUUGUGGGUGACAGUUCCUCCCUUGGGGAUUACUGGGCGCAGAUGCACUUGAGUUGUGUUGGGUGGAAGGCUAAGCCCAAGUAUCCAUUCACAGGGCCUUGGGGAGCGAGUACAGCUCAACCCUUGCUCUUUGUGUCGAACACUCUCGAUCCAGUGACACCGCUACACGGCGCCCAGCAUAUGGCUCGGCUGUUCCCAGGAUCUGGGCUCAUUCAACAAGAAUCUGAAGGGCACACCACGAUUGCAGCUCCAUCAAUGUGUAUCGCUAAGGUUAUUCGCAACUACUUCCAAACCGGGACAUUGCCUGCCCCAGGAACUCUCUGCCAAGCAGAUCUCAAACCAUUGGUUGGUUCUCCUCACCAUGUCGACACUCUCGGCGACAGUCUCAGCCCAGCCAACCGCAGACUAUUCAAGGCUUUGAUGGCGGAGCUUGAACGAGGACACCUGUUCCCGGUAUAG